CUUCCAAUUCGGGGCAGAUGUGGAUUGUGGACACAAAUUGAAGUGUGGCUUCCAAGUUUGUUGCCGGUUCUGAUUGUUACUACGGCAAGAACCACGCUGCCCUUCCUUCCGCUUCCGCCUUGCGGUACCGCUCCGAUCCGGUCCGGUAAUCGUCGGCAAGCUGCGUCACGCCGAGGCCGAAUAGGGAACCGAGCAGCACACGGGGAUGCAACUCCGGCGAACAGUCAUAUCGGCGGCGGUGGGGCGGAGGAGCAUUUUGGCUUGCGCUCCACCCCGCGUUUUACUCGUUCGUGAAGAGCGCAACAGCCCUUUGUCAAGACUGCUUCCUCCAAACACGGUGGCUCCCUUUGGAACAUCGACAGUACGGGCUUCCAAGAUGUCUUUGAGCAACGAAGACAGCGCCUCGAAAAUGGCCGCUCCAAGGCACAAUGCCUGGAUCGGGAGUGACGGGGCAGGCGGUUGCGAUCUCAGGAGCGACACUAUGACCACUCCGACGGCCUCCAUGCUCGCUGCGAUCCAGUCUUGCACCCUGCUGGAUGAUGUCUUCAACGAAGACCCUACGACGAUGGACCUGGAGAGCCACUGUGCCGCCCUGACUGGCAAAGAGGCUGGCCUGUUCGUCCUGUCCGGCACCAUGGGCAACCAGCUGGCGCUGCGGUCCUUGCUCACACAACCACCGCACGGUGUGUUGUGUGACUACCGUUCGCAUAUUGUGAAAUAUGAAGCCGGCGGAGUCGCAACUCUGACGGGCGCUCUGGUCAAGACAGUCGUCCCAAAGAACGGGGUCUACCUCACUUUGGAAGACAUCAAGGCCAACGUGUAUCUGGACGAUGACGUACACACAUGCCCAACGCGGGUCAUCAGCCUCGAGAACACGCUCAACGGCAUGAUAAUGCCCCUCCAGGAGGUCCGACGCAUCUCGGCCUUUGCUCGGCAGCACGGCCUCAAGAUGCACUGCGACGGGGCUCGGCUCUGGGAGGUCGCGGCGUCGGGCGCAGGCAGCCUCGUCGACUUCGCCUCCUGCUUCGACACGGUGAGCCUCUGUUUCUCCAAGGGCCUCGGCGCCCCGAUCGGCAGCAUCCUUGUUGGCAGCAAGGACGUGAUCAAGCACGCACGCUGGGUGAGGAAGUCCAUUGGCGGCGGCCUGCGCCAGUCAGGCGUCGUCACGGCCGCGGCGCGCGUUGCGGUCGACGAGACGUUCGGGAAGGGGCCUAACGGGGAGGGCGGUCUGCUACGCAACACGCAUGUUCUCGCACAGGAAGUGUCCAAGAUGUGGACCGACCUGGGCGGCAAGCUCGUCCACCCAGUGCACACCAACAUGGUUUGGCUUGAUCUGGACGACGCGAACUGCACAGGCGCAAGGUUUGAGGCGCUAGGGAGGGAGGCCGGGUUGAAACUCCUCGGCGGCAGACUGGUCAUACACUACCAGAUCUACCAGAACCGUGACUUUGUCAUCCCAAGGCUGGCGAACAUCUUCAAGGCCGUGCUUGGUGGCAGAGGUCAGAGUGGUGGGAGCCAUGCGAGCCAAGACGGCGAAACCUCGAUGUACCGGUCACAAUGAAUCGAAGAGCCCGCGAGCGGCUUCACACGCGCUGCACUGAUGCCCAGUGCUUAUGCAUCUUGCCGAAAAGACAGCCGAUAUCAGCCUAGUUCAGUCUGGUCAAAUAACCUCGCAUCCUGUGC